AUGAAAUUCUUUAUCCGAUGUACUUUUUCAAUCCUUAUAAAUUCCUACCAUGAAAAGGGCAGUCACAUAGCCAUUGCUGCUCCACCUGGCUCUUUACAAGCCAUUUUGGUUGAUAUGCCUGAUCUCGACCAGAUGACUGAUCAGCACCAGGUCACUUGCUCACUCUCGUCUGUUUCAGAGCCAGAAAUCGCAUCUUACUCUAGUCGAGAUGGUGGCGAGGUUGUUACUGUUGCCAACAGGCCUAUCCAGUUGAACGGAGUUUCCAGGACCUCUAAUUCCUCAGAAAACAACCUUCCCAUCACCUACUUUAGCAGCAACCAAAUCCAGACA